AUGGCAGGACCAGCACCAAAGAACAGAGAUCUGAGCAGGCACCAUCUGGGGUUCCAGCAUGGAUGUAUUGCUGCGUUUGCUGCAACGGCUGGCGCCGGUUCUUCGAAAUUUUGUGCCGCAAUGACGACAAUCUGCAGUGUCUAG